ACAAUCGACUACAACUUAUCGAGGCUUUUCACAUCGCCAGUAUUACUUGGCACAUUUGUCAGCAGAAAAACUUGAGCUAUUUAUUUGUUGCCGAAACUGAAAUUGUCACGUAAAUUAACAAAGCACACAUACUGUUAACGCAGAAAUAUUAAAGCCGUAUUAUGGACCGUUUGCUACGACUAGGCGGCGCAAUGCCACAGGCCGCUCCACCAACAGAUGCGCCCGUCGUGGAUACCGCCGAGCAGGUGUACAUCUCAUCGCUGGCGCUUUUGAAGAUGCUCAAACACGGACGCGCCGGCGUACCCAUGGAGGUGAUGGGAUUGAUGCUGGGCGAGUUUGUUGACGAUUAUACGGUGCAGGUGAUCGAUGUAUUUGCCAUGCCACAGACCGGCACUGGUGUCUCUGUGGAGGCGGUGGAUCCUGUGUUCCAGGCCAAAAUGUUGGACAUGCUGAAACAGACCGGGCGACCCGAAAUGGUUGUCGGCUGGUAUCACUCGCAUCCUGGCUUCGGCUGUUGGCUGUCUGGCGUUGAUAUCAACACUCAGCAAUCCUUUGAAGCGCUCUCCGAGCGCGCAGUUGCCGUUGUCGUCGACCCCAUACAGUCGGUGAAGGGCAAGGUCGUUAUCGAUGCCUUCCGUCUAAUCAACCCGAAUAUGCUGGUGCUUGGCCAAGAGCCCCGGCAGACCACGUCGAACCUGGGCCAUUUGCAAAAGCCUUCAGUGCAGGCGCUGAUACAUGGACUGAAUCGUCAUUACUAUUCAAUUAGCAUCAAUUAUCGGAAAAACGAAUUGGAGCAAAAGAUGUUGUUAAACUUGCACAAAAAGUCAUGGAAGGACGGCCUAACACUUGCCGAUUACAAUGAGCACUGCUCCAUUAACGAGGACACAGUGGCCGAAAUGCUGGAAUUGGCCAAAAAUUACAACAAAUCACUCGAAGAUGAGGAGAAGAUGACGCCCGAGCAGCUGGCCAUCAAGAAUGUUGGAAAACAAGAUCCCAAGCGGCAUUUGGAAGAGAAAGUUGACAAAGUCAUGCAAAAUAACAUUGUCCAGUGCCUAGGCGCUAUGCUGGACACGAUUGUCUUUAAAUAAAUUGCAUUUGCGAUCCACCCAUACACACACACACAUACAAUUCUCUACUUAAAGACUAUCCCACACAUUAACCCAACACUUAUAAGGGCAAAACUGCUUACUGUUUACAGCUGAGUAAUAAAAACCUUUUGUAAAAUAAUGAAAA